AUUUCUAAUGCCAUCCCUCGUUCACUCUCUUUUGCUUUGUGUUCUUGUUUUAUCAGCUUCCCUAAUUCAUACCCAUGCACAACUAACUUCUAACUUUUACAACAAUGUGUGCCCUAAGGCCUUGUCCACCAUUAAGUCGGUCGUUUUGAAUGCCAUAAAAAACGAGCCUCGAAUGGGAGCUUCACUCUUACGUCUCCAUUUCCACGAUUGCUUUGUCAAUGGUUGUGAUGGAUCGGUCUUGUUAGAUGAUACUUCUACUUUUACUCGAGAAAAGACUGCACUUCCUAAUGCUAAUUCGAUAAGAGGAUUUGAAGUUAUUGACCAGAUUAAGACACAAGUCAACCAAGCUUGCAAUGGAAAUCUUGUGUCUUGUGCUGAUAUUUUAGCCGUUGCUGCUCGAGACUCUGUUGCUAUCCUUGGAGGACCAAACUACAAAGUACUAGUAGGAAGAAGAGAUGCAAGAACAACGAGUGUAAACGAUGCCAACAGAAAUCUUCCUCCACCAUUUUUCAAUGUCACACAGCUUCUUUCCAACUUCCAAUCUCAUGGCCUCGACCUCAAGGACCUCGUCGUCUUGUCGGCUGGCCACACUCUUGGGUAUGCUCGGUGUACCAGUUUUCGAAAUAGGAUAUACAAUGACACCAACAUCGACUCGAAAUUUGCAGCGACAUUGCAGGGAAACUGCCCACAAAGCGGUGGUGAUGACAAUCUAAGUGGUCUUGACAAGACUCCAUAUUCAUUUGACAAUGCCUACUUCAAGUUUUUGUUGAGCAACAAGGGUCUUCUCCACUCCGACCAAGAACUCUUCGGCGGUGGGAAUGGCGACAGUGAUAAUUUGGUGAAAUAUUAUAAUACAUACCCAAAUGCAUUCAAAAAUGAUUUUGCUUCUUCCAUGAUCAAAAUGGGGAAUAUGAAUCCACUUACCGGAAGUGACGGAGAAGUCAGAGCCAAUUGCAGAGUUGUCAAUUAA